CUUUGUCACCUCAAAAUGCCAACAGGAGAAAUUCCCAAAGUCCACCUGCAUUAUUGCCCGCAUAUUAGCACGCAAUACCCAUCAUGCCCUUCCAGUUCGUCGACAACAAUACCCCCAUCGACCGUGCUGCGAGGCGGCGAAUCCGCAGUCACGUGGCCACAGGCAAGAACGCAGGACGGACGCUCGUUCGACCAUCGCGGACUAAAGCAGCUGCGCGAGAAGCUGGAUCGCGACCUAUAUCAGCGAUCAUAUGCGUACCGCGCGUUGUGGCGGAUGCGCGGGAUGUGGAGGCGGAGGAAGAGGGCGGUUGUGCGAUUGAGCGGAUGAUUGGGGAUAGGCUUUCUGUGUUUUCGUUUCCGGAGCAGGGGAGUGUUAAGGCAAGGGGGAUUGUGCAGAGAGCUUUCUCUUUCGUAAGCCGGCCGUUUCAGCCUGACGAUUUACAGACUUCUGUUGAUAUGACGGACGUGCCUACGUCGAUGUGGGUGCAGUUCAUGUUUUUAGAUGAAGCUUUCUUUCACUGCGCCAUUGCUGCCUCCGUCACAGCUCGCAAUGGCCUCGUGGUUGAAAAAGACGACCCCAAGGAGGCCAUGCGUCACCUCUCUCAAACAUUCCGCCUCAUUAAUGAAAGAUUAUCAAGAGACGAUGCAGUAUCAGAUGAGACCAUAGCGGUCGUAGUGAUCCUGGCGCAGCAUGAGCGCCUCCGUGGUCAGUACCGAGAAGGGCUCGUCCACAUCAGUGGACUGGAGCGGAUGGUCCAGUUACGGGGCGGUGUCACGGCGCUUUCGAGAUAUCGACCUGGCUUGACGCAGAAAAUGUUUAAAGUCGACCUCGAAUAUGCAAUGCACCAGGGCACAGCAACGAGGUUUAGUACCGAGGAUAUCGUGCCUAAUAGCACGGCCUUAUUUGGACGAUUCACAGGCCCCGAAAUGAAUUACGAUAUUAAUAUGAUUGAUCCAAGGCUCUCGAAACAUCUAAGAAACGACUUAGAAACGAUUUUCAUGGAUAUGAAUAGCCUUGCAAGAUUAAUGAACGAUGCCUGUGCGGGAUACUGCCCAAGGAUAAAACCCUACAUCUUCCUCGACACCGUCAUAUUACUUGGUUACCGCCUACUCCAGGUCAGCCCCCUAUCUGGGUCGCGACUAUUCAGUAGCCUCGAAAAUGCGGUGCACAUAGGCCUAGCUGUAUUUUUAAUGGCAUUACUACGGGGUCUCGCUAUGAAGGUCUCUAAUGUACCACUGAUCUCCAAUUUGGCUCGAUCGGUGGCACAAGGCCAUAUAGGCAGUGGACGGGUGGACAAAGAGGUCAUUCUUUGGAUACUGUUCACUGGACGAGCUUCGGCAUUCGAAGAAGUGGACGAUGAGUGGUUUUUGCCGAAGAUGGCAGAGACGACGCGCUCCUUGGGAAUUGAUUCUUGGGAAGGUGUAAGCAAGGUUCUUGCCACAUUUCCAUGGGUUAGUGAUGUUCACGGAAAAUCGGGCCAGGCGCUCUGGUACAAAUCGACGUUCUUCUAGAUUUAAAACUUCUAUGAGAUGGGAUAGCCUAAGUGACUAGGCUGCCUCAGUCAUCUGUCAACCAGGCAACCUCGCGAUAGUCCUACAGAAUAGCCUUCACGCAGCCAGGUUGAACGGACUCCAGCUCGCCAGCAACAGCAUCCCAGAGGAGCUUCUGCGACUUUUGCCCCUCUUCAUCGGUUACCCAGAUUGGUACAAUAUCACUAUCAAAACAACAAUAUUAGCAUAGGACUUGCAAACCGGGCGGGUCAAAGGACGCGUGUGAGACUUACUCAGCGAUGCGGCAGGAAUCGAGAAAGCACCCAUGACUCUCUUUUCCGGCAACAGCCCCAUACAGCAGCGUCCGGCUUCCGUCCUCGGCAGUGCGUCCGUACUUUUCUUUCGAUUCUUGGAGCAUUUUGCGGAAGGCGGGUGGUGCAUGGCGGCCAAGCUCUGUCUUACAGCUUCCGGGGCAAACGAUGUUCAUGACAACGCCUGUGCGGGAUACGGGGGCCAGGGCCGCAAGUUGGCGAGUCGCUAUUGUCUCGACAAGUUUGGAUAGGGGAUACCUAGUAUCGACGUUAGUUACAGUCAGGGAAAAGAGGGCCAAUGUAUGGGACUCAUGGUUACGUACAUUUUCAGUCCCUUGUGCCCUUCAUUCUCUACCUCCACCAACGGGUCACUCUUAAUAACAUCCCAGUCCGCCUUCGCGUCAAAGCCGACUCCGCUUGACACCAGGACAAUAUGCGGCACAAUCCCAAACUUCUUCGCGUCAUCACUCAUCUUCGGCAACAGCAACACAGCAAGUAGCAGCGUACUAAGCACAUUAACAGUGAUAUUCAGCAAAUGCCCCUCCGCCAUCGUCCUAUCGAAAGCAGCAACACCCGCAUUCUCAAUCAGCGCAUCGAUGCGCUCCAGCUCCGCCACCGCGCGCUUCGCAAACACCUUGACGGAAUCGUAACUCGACAGGUCGAGUGCCCAUACUUCGGCCACUCCCGAUGUCCCGGUACCGGCUUCGAUGGAGGCUUUGGCUGCCUCGCCGGCGCUGAGGUUGCGGACGGCCAUGAUGACUUUGGCGGCGCCGACGGCGACGAGGUGCUUAGAGGCUUCGAGACCGAGGCCGACGUUGGCGCCUGUCACGAUGUAGGUCUUGCCGGCACAUUUCUCGCGCGAGAUGUGGAGGGGGAGGUUGUGGGGUUGAGUGGCUACUGCGUCUGCCAUUUUUGGUUGUUGGGUUGGUGGAAUGGGACUUUGUGGGAACGAAAUUGAAGAAGAUUGUGAUGAUAUAUAUAGGGAUAGAUUCUGAGUUGAGGUUGGUAAGGUGUGAGGAUGAGAGUUCUUGCUUUCUGAUAUCCAGUGGAGGAGGGAUCGAAGCAGUUAUAUAUACCCCCAGAGAUCUGAUGGUGCCUCUGGGUGAUCAGGGCCAACAAAGUCUACCAUGUCUCUUCUUGAUCGGCCUUUAGCAAAAUCCGAGAUAGUUACACUGUAAACCCCGGACGAUGGACUGAUCUUUCUCUUAAACUCAUAUGCUGAAGCAAUGACAAAACCGUGAGGCACGUCUACAGUGGGCCAAAACGUUGUCCCCGCCUAUGGGAGAGCAGCAUCCCGAUUCGGACAUUGGCAG